UAGGGUCUUUGUACACAUAUGAGUACACAUGAAUUUUAGCUGAUUAUUAUAAUAUAAAUACAGUUUUUGGAACAAAAAACAUGAAUUUUGUGUAUUUCACUGCAAAUGUAACAAGAAAAAAAAAUAUAAGUGCUUAGUAAAAUAAUUCAUUGAAAACGUCCCUGAAGAGGUUAAGUAGACAAAUAAAUAAACACAAGUUUGGAUUGUGAUAAUAGUUAAUGUUCAAUUUACUUACACUCAGUAUUCUGUAAUGUUCACUGGGAAAUUACAUAAUUUUGCACCUCUGAGUUGCAGUUUGGGAGUAGCAGGCAAAGUGACUCUAAGAAUUCUGUUUUUGUCUGAAAAUUAAACUCAAACUACUAUGUCAGAAGGAAACCCUGAAAAAGGCAAAAAAUCGACUAUAAGACAACAACCAAAGACUUGUCAAAAGUUUCAACAAGGACAUAUAUCAAGGAUGCGUGGAAGUGUGUCAGAUUCUGCAUUUAGAAAAUAUAAAGACAAACAAACACAAUCUUGUUUAGAUCCUCAUAUUGAAAAAGGACCAGAUACUUUAGAGAAUCCAGAAUUUCAAGUAACAGCCAUAGAACAGCAUGCGGGAAAUGUUGACUUGUCUUCUCCAGGCCUUUGUUCCGCUCUGCAGUUAGCGAAUGAAAUACAAGCUGCUUCUCAAAAUGUUAAUAUUCAUAAAUUUAACUUGGAAGAAAAUAGGCUAAAAGAAACAUUAAAACAAAAGGCUGCUAAGAAAACCAACAUUCCAUUUACAGAGCAGAUAUUCAAGAAUUUAGUUGAUCUACAGAUUAAUGACGAAGAUAUUGUUGCAAGUAAAAGUGCUUCCUCCAAGAUUACGCAUCUUGGUAAAACUAAGGAUAAAGUGUUUGAACUGUCUGAUUACUACAAACCAGAUUUUUCUCUUGAGUAUUGUGGAAAGGUACCAGAUCAAAAACUAGAAAUAGAAAAGAUUCAGUAUUAUAAUGGGUUUGAGAUCUAUGAUAGUAUUGAAUCAUUACCAAACUUGAUAUAAUAUUACCAUUUAAUGUUUAAUAAAUUUAUUUUCAAUAUUG